GGUACAGAACAGACGGGUGUCAAACAUGGCAGGUAGGGUAGCCAAGCAGAGCCGCUCUGGCACUGGAAAUGCUGGCCGUAAAGGUGCAUCUGACCAAGAAGAAGAGGAACAGCCACUUCAAGCUGUACUGAUUGCUGACAGCUUCAACCGCAGGUUUUUCCCCAUCACUAAAGAUCAGCCCCGCGCACUAUUACCUUUAGCGAAUGUCUCUAUGAUUGAUUACACAUUGGAAUUUCUUACGGCAACCGGUGUUCAAGAGACUUUUGUCUUCUGUUGCUGGAUGUCUAACAAGAUAAAGGACCAUUUGUUGAAAUCAAAGUGGUGCCGCCCCACUUCUCCAAACACAGUGCACAUUAUUACCUCUGACCUGUACCGAUCUUUGGGUGAUGUGUUGCGAGAUGUUGAUGCCAAGAACUUGAUCCGCUCAGAUUUUAUCUUGGUUUAUGGAGAUGUGGUGUCCAACAUUGACGUCACCCAAGCAGUACAAGAACAUCGGCAAAGGCGUAAAUUGGACAAGAAUGUGUCUGUGAUGACCAUGAUCUUCAAAGAGUCCUCCCCUGGACAUAAGUCCCGCUGUGGUGAAGAUGAUAUUAUAGUGGCCAUGGACAGCAAGAGCAAGCGUGUUCUUCACUACCAGAAGACCCAGGGGUUGAAGAAGCUUCAGUUUCCCAUGAACAUUUUCCACAGUGGGAGUGAUGAGUAUGAGAUCCGACACGAUCUCCUAGACUGUCACAUCAGCAUCUGUUCCCUACAAGUGGCUGAGCUGUUUACUGACAAUUUCGACUACCAGACCAGAAAUGACUUUGUCCGAGGGCUUUUGGUCAAUGAGGAGAUUUUGGGAAACCAGAUUCACAUGCACGUCACCAAGGACGGCUACGGGGCUCGCGUCUCCAACAUGCUCAUGUACGACGCCGUCUCGUCAGACAUGGUCCGGCGGUGGGUCUACCCCCUCACCCCAGAGGCCAACUUCGCUGACCAGGAGGGCCAGCGCUGCACCCACUCCAGGCACAACGUGUACCGCGGCCCGGGGGUCAGUCUGGGGCACGGCAGUCAGAUGGAGGAGAACGUCCUCAUCGGCCGAGACACCAGCAUUGGAGCCAAAUGCGUCAUCUCCAAUAGUGUCAUCGGGGCUAACUGCUCCAUAGGGGAUAACGUGGUGUUGGACCGAGCCUACAUCUGGAGCGACGUCACCAUUGCCAGCAACGUGGAGGUCCAUCAGUCGGUCAUCUGCGAUAAGGUGGUGGUGAAAGAGGGCGUGACGCUGAAGGACCAGUGUGUCCUGGCGUUCAAUGUUGUGGUCGGACCUAAGCUCACAUUGUCAGAAGGGACCGUGGUGUCCAUGCACCAUCCAGAUGAGGAGGAGGAGGAGGACGAAGAUGAGUUCCUGAGCGAUGACGCUGAGACUGGCCAUACUAAAGGUGUAAUGAAGCAGAAGGCAUUCAACCCUGCUGAAGUUGGAGCGGAGGGCAAAGGCUAUAUUUGGAGGAACCCUAGUCUGGAUGAUACAGAGGACGAUGAGCUGGCUCAGUGUUUAUGGGGGCUGGUGCUGAAUGCUGACCUGGAGAGUGAGAGUGAGAGCGAGGCCAGCGAAGGCUCCCAGGACCCAGGAAGCCGGGGCAUGUCUCCAGAGCUCGACGACGUGAAAGUGUUCCAGGUAGAGGUUCAAGGCACUCUGCAGAGAGGGCUGGAGGAGAACAUUGGCUGUGACAAUCUCGUGUUAGAGAUCAACUCGCUCAAGUAUGCUUAUAAUAUCACCCUGAAGGAAGUCAUGCAGAUCCUCAUGAGAGUAGCGCUGGAGUACCCCUUCUACCAGCAGGGGGAGCAGUUGACCACAGCCCAGUACUGCACAUUACUCGUCCCGCUUUUAAAGAAAUGGGCGCCUGUCUUCAAGAACUAUGUGAAGAGGGCCCAGGACCAUCUAGACUGUCUGGGCUCCAUGGAGGAGUUCUUCCUGGAACACGAGGGUCAUUGGGGAGCACUGGUCAAAGUGCUGAUGAACACAUACCAGCUGGAGAUUCUGGAGGAGGAUGCCAUCAUGCGUUGGUUCUCUCAGGGGGCCACCACAGACAAAAGCAAACUGCUACGCAAAAACCAAGGGCUACUGAAGUUCAUCAAGUGGCUGGAGGAGGCCGAGGAGUCAUCAGAGGAGGACGACUGAAGUGGGAAGCGCAGGAGCCUGAUAGAGGGACACACCAAGUACACGCCCUGACCCAGGGCACAGCAUGGGACUACUCCCACAUGGACAUCUGUGUGAACUCUUCUUAUAUAUAUUUUGCAUCUGCUGCCGUGUUAUUUAGUGCCUGUGAAUAGUUGGCAUAACAAUGUUAACUCCUCUAAAUCAGGUCCACAAAGUUCGCCUGAGAAACGGCUGAUUUUAGCAUUGUUUGAUAUUUUUUGUCAGCGGUUUCAUGGUUGCUACAGUUACUUAAUUGGUUGUGUUAAUCCAAAUACAGGUGAGGCAUAUUUGUUAAAAUGUAUUCAUUAAAUAUUUUGUGUUCAUCAACAGAGAAAAACACAAAA